AUGUCGACCUCGUUCACCUCCAUCCCCAGUAUCGACCUGUCCCCCACCACCAACAAACAACACCAACUCUCCCAACUCCACCACGCAUUAACCUCAGUCGGCUUCUUAUACAUACACAACCACGGGGUCCCUGCCGACGCAAUCACCGACCUCGUCAAUGCCCUUCCCCAUCUUUUUUCUCUAACCGAUACCGCCAAAGAAGCCAUCGCACUACACCACUCCCCCCAUUUCUUGGGAUACAGCAGCGUCGGCGCCGAAACAACAGCCGGCAAACUCGAUUGCCGCGAACAAGUCGAAUACGCAACCGAGUUACCGCAGACAUGGAGUGCGGAGAAUGGAAUGGCUUUGUAUGAGCGAUUAAAGGGGCCGAACCAGUGGCCAGCCGAAUACCCCAGUCUCCGCCCUAUUGUCGAGCGCUACAUCCGCGAACUGACACAGCUGGGCGAGCGGUUUCUGCGUCUUGUCGCCGAGGCGUUGGGGCUUCCUUUGCCAGAAAUGUUUUUCCCGUUUUUGUCAGAGCAGCACCGACUCAAACUCGUGCAUUAUCCUGCUGUAUCUUCAUCUUCCUUAUCUGAUGACAGCAGGCAAGGUGUCGGUCCGCACAAAGACUCCUCUGGCUGGUGGACGUUUCUCCUCCAGGCAUCACCGCCCCAUAUCAAGGGACUACAAGCGCUCAAUCGCGAGGGCCAGUGGAUCGACGUGCCAAACGUGCCGGGCACAUUUGUCGUGAAUAUCGGACAAGCGUUUGAAGUCGUCACCAAUGGGGUGUGCAAGGCGACUAUCCAUCGAGUACUCUCGGGCCAGGACGAGAGAUUUAGUAUUCCGUUUUUUCAGGGGGUUAGAGGGGAUUUGACAAAACAGGAAGCUGUGGACACACUGAAGGAAUAUUUUCAGCCGCGACGACAGAGGAGGAGUCUGGAAGAAGAUAUUGACUCGCCGUUUUUAAAAGGCAAAUACAAUACCUGGGGCGAGUCGCAGCUGCGUACCAAGAUCCGGUCGCAUCGAGACGUGGGCAGGAAGUUUUAUGCAGAUGUGUACGAAAAGUAUAUCAACGACUAG